UUGGAAGGAGCGUCUAGCUGUGGGGAGAGAUGUGCCAGCCCCAGCUACUGCUGGCCCUGCUACUCCUGGUUUGCUGCCCAUGGGCCAAUGCCAGUGUUCUACAGGGUCGGAUUGUGGGGGGCCACGAGGCUCAGCCCCACUCCCAUCCUUACAUGGCAUACCUGAAGCUAGGGGUGUUGGCCUGCGGAGGCUUCCUGGUGGCCCCCAACUGGGUGAUGACAGCCGCACACUGCACAGGGUAAGUACUUCAUACAGGGGCUUUGUCUCACAACAUCCAUGAACCAGAAACAACCCAGCAGAUCCGGGGAGUUCUCAGAUACCACCAGCACCCUGAAUACGACCCCAACACCGUGUCCAAUGACAUCAUGCUGCUCAAGCUGACAGCAAAGGCCACUCUCAAUGACUACGUCAAGACCAUUCCACUGCCCAAGACCAGCAGCGACCUCCCCACGGGCACCAAGUGCAGCAUAGCCGGGUGGGGCCUGAUUGAUGACAACCAGGCAACCAACAAGCUCUUUGAAACCAAAGUCUCCAUCUACAGCCGCAGGAAAUGCAUCCGCUUCUACCCGCAUCUCAACACCGGCAUGGUCUGUGCUGGCAGCUUCCAUGAGCUCAGGGAUUCCAGUCAGGGGGAUUCUGGUGGGCCCCUGGUAUGCAAUAAGGUGGCACAAGGCAUCGUUUCCUUUGGAUACAACACCCCGCCUGGGGUCUACACCCGUAUCUCCAACUACCUGCCCUGGAUCAAAAAAACUCUGAAGAAGUAGCAGCAGCGGCGGCACUCGUUCCAGCACUGGCGCGGCCCUGGAGACGGCACUGGCUUCCUUCCUGCCCCUGCUGAAGGCUUGGCUCCCUCCUCUCUCUUUUGGAACCUGAGUGACCUGAUCAGGGGACAUGAGGGUCCCUUUCUUUCCGUUCUGAGGCUGCUGGCUGUCCCAUUCCCUGCCUGUCUCAGGCAGCCAGUUCAGGGCCAUGUUAAAUCACCCUGGCAGAAGCAGGGAUCAUCCCAGGUGGCCCCAGAAAGAAGCUGUGCUACAACAGACCCCAUUUUCCUUCCGAGAUAACCCUGUCCCACAUGAGCCUUGCUGCAUUUAACACCCACAGUAAAC